UGAAUCACACUGUCAAUAUGAAGUUGUUGCUUGUUUUCCUAAUAUCCCUGUCACAGCUAUCAGGAGUUCACUGUGAUGUACAACUUGAUCAGUCAGAGUCAGUGGUGAUAAAGCCGGGAGGGUCUCACAAACUGUCCUGCACAGCCUCUGGCUUCACAUUCAGUGACCACUGGAUGGACUGGGUUAGACAGGCUCCUGGGAAAGGAUUACAGUGGUUAGGUGAAAUUUACCCUAAUGGGGUUACCACAAAGUAUGCUGAUUCAGUUAAAGGAAGAUUCACCAUCUCCAGAGACAACAAUAACAACAAGUUAUAUCUGCAAAUGAACAAUCUACAAACUGAAGACACUGCUGCGUAUUACUGUGCUACACACACAGUGACAAAUAGUCACAGAGCAGUGCAACAAAAACAAAACUCCUGUGCUUCCAUUGUGAUCCAGUUGGGGGCAACAAAAGCCUAG